GGGACAGCAAGAGGCGGAGCCGUGGCGGGGCUAGGGCGAGCCGAGGGCGCGGGCAGGGCCAGGGCCGGCGAGCCGCAGCGCGCAGCGGGCGGGCGGGGACGCGGACACGGACGCGGAGGGCUGAGAGCGAUGCCACCCACGCUGGGCCCCCUGAGGCUGCAGGGGAGCCACGCCUGCCGAGGACACCGAGCGAGCGGCCGUCUUGCUCUCUGAGCUGAGCCCUGGGCCCUGCAGGAGCUCCGCCUGGGUCAUCACAGAAGCAGAGGCCGAGCUCAUCUCCAGACAGGAACCAUCUCCACCAGUCAAGAAGCCCUCGAAAGUAUUUUGCCAUGGAUGUAGAGGAUGAAGACAACAUGAGUUCCAGCAGCGCAGAUGUUAAAGAAAACCGCAAUCUGGACAACGUGUCCCCCAGGGACAGUGGCACACCCGGUCCUGUCGAGGGCACCCAGCUCUCCAACGGGGGUGGCAGUGGAAGUGGCAGGAAGAGGCCACUGGAGGAGGGCAGCAAUGGCCACUCCAAGUACCGCCUGAAGAAGCGGAGGAAGAUGCCAGGACCCGUGCUGCCCAAGAACGCCCUGAUGCAGCUGAAUGAGAUCAAGCCAGGCCUGCAGUACACGCUGCUGUCACAGACAGGGCCCGUGCACGCCCCAUGCUUUGUCAUGUCCGUGGAGGUGAACGGGCAGGUGUUCGAGGGCUCGGGCCCCACCAAGAAGAAGGCCAAGCUGCACGCGGCCGAGAAGGCCCUGCGCUCCUUCGUGCAGUUCCCCAACGCCUCCGAGGCCCACCUUGCCAUGGGCAGGACCCUGUCCGUGAACACGGACUUCACAUCCGACCAGGCCGACUUCCCCGACACACUCUUCAACGGCUUCGAGACCCCCGACAAGGCCGAGCCGCCUUUCUACGUGGGCUCCAAUGGCGACGACUCCUUCAGCUCCAGCGGGGACCUCAGCCUGUCGGCCUCGCCGGUGCCCGCCAGCCUGGCCCAGCCACCGCUGCCUGUGCCACCUCCCUUCCCACCGCCCAGUGGGAAGAACCCCGUGAUGAUCCUGAACGAGCUUCGCCCGGGGCUCAAGUACGACUUCCUGUCUGAGAGUGGCGAGAGCCACGCCAAGAGCUUCGUCAUGUCCGUGGUGGUGGACGGCCAGUUUUUCGAGGGCUCGGGGCGGAACAAGAAGCUGGCCAAGGCCCGGGCCGCUCAGUCCGCCCUGGCCGCCAUCUUCAACCUGCACUUGGACCAGACUCCGUCGCGCCAGCCUGUGCUCAGCGAGGGCCUGCAGCUGCACUUGCCGCAGGUGCUGGCAGACGCUGUCUCGCGCCUGGUCCUGGGUAAGUUCGGCGACCUGACGGACAACUUCUCCUCGCCACACGCACGCAGGAAAGUUCUGGCCGGAGUCGUCAUGACCACAGGUACGGAUGUCAAAGACGCCAAGGUGAUAAGCGUCUCAACAGGGACAAAGUGCAUCAACGGCGAGUACAUGAGCGACCGAGGGCUGGCGCUGAAUGACUGCCAUGCAGAGAUCAUCUCCCGGAGGUCCCUGCUGCGGUUCCUCUACGCACAGCUGGAGCUGUAUCUGACUAGCAGAGGUGAUCAGAAGAGAUCCAUCUUUCAGAAGUCGGAGCGAGGUGGGUUCCGGCUGAGGGACACCGUGCAGUUCCACCUGUACAUCAGCACCUCGCCCUGCGGCGACGCCAGGAUCUUCUCCCCGCACGAGCCAGUGCUGGAAGAACCAGCAGACAGACAUCCAAAUCGUAAAGCUAGGGGACAGCUACGGACAAAAAUAGAGUCCGGCGAGGGCACCAUCCCGGUGCGCUCGAACGCCAGCAUCCAGACGUGGGACGGCGUGCUGCAGGGCGAGAGGCUCCUCACCAUGUCCUGCAGCGACAAGAUCGCCCGCUGGAACGUGGUGGGCAUCCAGGGGUCCCUGCUCAGCAUCUUCGUGGAGCCCAUCUACUUCUCCAGCAUCAUCCUGGGAAGCCUGUACCAUGGCGACCACCUCUCCCGGGCCAUGUACCAGCGCAUCUCCAACAUAGAGGACCUGCCGCCGCUCUACACGCUCAACAAGCCCCUGCUCAGCGGAAUCAGCAACGCAGAGGCUCGGCAGCCGGGAAAGGCGCCCAAUUUCAGUGUCAACUGGACAGUGGGUGACUCCACCAUUGAGAUCAUCAAUGCCACGACAGGGAAGGACGAGCUGGGCCGCGCGUCGCGCCUGUGUAAGCACGCAUUGUACUGUCGCUGGAUGCGUGUGCACGGCAAGGUCCCCCCACACUUGCUGCGCACCAGGAUCCUGAAGCCCACCACGUACCAUGAGUCCAAGCUGGCGGCGAGGGAGUACCAGGCCGCGAAGGCCCGGCUGUUCACUGCCUUCAUCAAGGCGGGCCUGGGCGCCUGGGUGGAGAAGCCCACGGAGCAGGACCAGUUCUUGCUCACACCCUGACCCCGGCGGCCGCCUGGCACUGUCCCCCGAGCCUCACAUCUGACUGGGGCUUGGCUCUGAACUUCACCCUCCCAGGGACCUGCACACAGGAAGGACGACGCCCAAGGACGCCCAGGAUGGAACUAGAAUCACCUGGUAGUCACGCGUCCUCAGAGCGUGCCACAGGACGCCUGUUUUUAAGUUAUUCUUUUCAGCUUUAUCAAAGACAUGUCUGGAAACUAAAAAGCAGGCUGGAGCUGGCGAGACACUGGCAGUGCAGGCCAUGCAGUGAUGUCCUGAGGCUCGGUGCUGCUGGCAUCACGGGGAAGCCAGGGACUCUGCUCAGCACCCCAGUGCACAGGAAAGCCUGGCAGUCAGAGCCUGGUGUGCCCACCUGGACCUGUGCUCAGAGACUUGCACCAGGUGCCUUGCAGCUUCCACUCAGGGUUAGAGGAGCCGAGGAGGUGCGUGUGCUGCCGCCAGCUCAGCACUGUCUGCACUUGGAGUCACGGGAGGGGAGAUUGGGGGCCAGGAGCAGAGAGGUGCAGGCCCCACCCCGCGCCAUAGCAGCCACGGCCGCUGCCAGGGCACUGAUGCCCGUGGCACUGAGCUGCACAGGAGCAGCUUGGGGUUCUCCCUGGGCUGCAGGGUGAGUGGUGCCACCUCUGUUGGACGUGUGUCCCUCAGGGCGGGGAGCCCUGUCUACACAAGUCCACAUCUGGGGCAAGCUGCCUGCACACCAGCCUUCUCUGUAGCUGGGGUGGCAGUCCCCAUACACCGUGCAGCUCAUUUGGAUCAAAUGCACCAGGCUUCCCUUUGCACCCAUGGAAGAGGCCUGGGGCUGCUGCUGUCCUCCUGAGUGUGCUCCAGAAAGACUUUUACUCCUGGCUCUACAAAUUGUAUUUUUUGUAGUGGGGAUUGGGAGAUGGAUUUAGUUUUUAAGAAAUAUGUGGAUUUGGGGUAUAAAGUCCAGUGCAGAUACGUUCCAUAUACAUAAAAACAAAACUACCCUGUAUGUCUGGCUGUUCCUUCUGUUGAGUUGUAUCCAAAAGGUGGACAACUGAUCCCCACCCCUACGAGCUCAGGGCCUGAGAUCCCUGAGCCUGGUCUCUGGGGAGAGGGAGGAAGGGGACCAACCACAGGACAGAGUGUCCUCACCCUGCUGCCAGGACAGGACCACAGAGAGCUCAGCUGCAGUCAGAGAAAAGCAGGGCCACCUCAGUGACAGCAGUCAGGACUUGCUGUGCAUCACCUGUCACAGAUCACAUUGUCAUUGCUCAGCUGCAUCCCAUGUCCUGGAUCUGCACUUAAGAGACUUCAUAGAAAACCAGAUGCAGCCAGGGACUUGACAUUUUGAAGAAAAAAAAACCCUUAAGUGUUGAGGACAUCUUGAGGGCGGUCAGCAAACCCCGAGGUGUGACUUCCGUGGAGACCCUGGAAGUCCCUCAGGGUGGCUCAGGAACAGUUUUGCUCGGUGGGGAGUCAGUGUUGGGAGGAGCUCAGGGCAGCAUGUUCUGUGUGGACCCGGGGCUCUCCCAGUGGGGUAGGGGUCGGGGUCCAGGGACAGCUGGCGGCCUGAUGGAUGUCGCCACCUCCAGCCACCAUGACCACCUGCACUGGCCUGCCCAAAGCUGCAGAUUUUAUUCUGAGUCUUCAUCUGUUAACCUUUCCUGUUUGAGAACUUGCUGUGUGAUUAAAAGGAAUGGUUUUUAAAUGUGCAAGCCAGGGUCUCAUAAGGCUCUGACUUCUCUGGAAUUAGUCACCACUUUCUCCUAAGCCCAAGUUCCUCCUGCAGCGAGGCGGGCGGCUGCGUCCUCACAGGUGACAGGUGAGGAGGGUGUGCACCCCCGGGCAGAGCUGCACAUCACCCUGGUUUCUGAGCAGAUGAAUACAGCAUAGGUGACUGUGCCUCUGAGAUACUUUAUAUCAGAAGGGCCAGCUCUACCCACUCAGUUUUGAUCCAACAACAGAAAAAAUUAGCUGGCUCCCCCAUCUCUAAAUUCUGUGAAAUUAAGGUACCUCCUUUAUAUCACCCCCAAGUUAUAUCUGUGGAAAGGACAGAGGACUUGUGUCCGGUGCGUGCUGUUCCGGUGUCCUUGUCCUCUGAUGUGUCCUGUGACAAUCGACCUCCCUGAGUGCAAGGAGGUGGUUGGGCUGCUCCACUGUCAACCGCAGAGUCCUGUGUUCCCUGGAGGCUUGGAAUGGGAGCAGGGAAACCCUGUCCCGCGGGGCCUGCAGUGAUCGUGAUGGUUGUGAGGGCGUACGUGUGUUUGCAGCUUGUGCAGAAGCCGCCUCCUGUGUGGGCAGCACCCUGCUGUUCCUCGUUACCAGCGAGGGGUGGUGCGGAAGGAACUGGGGUCCUCCUCCUAAGGGGAGCACAGGGGUGAAAAGCACAGUCUGUGGAAUGUUAAUGAGGAAGCCCCUGAGAUGUUUGCUCUCCGGCCUUGGGUUAUAUGCUUUUAAUUUGAUUUUAGAAUUUGGACCCUUUAUAUGAAUGUAAUUCAGCCGAGAAACUUGUUGCUAAGAUACAAUCGUCAGUGUUCUCCAUAUGUAUAUUUAUGUAUAUACCACACGUUACAGCCUGCAUGAGCUUCCUCACGCCGAGGCCAGCUGGAGCUGAGCAUGAGACGCUGUCACACCUAGACAAAGGACUUGAAAUGUUCUCAAUAAAAAUAAGACGUUUCACUACC